AUGUCUCCAUCGACCUUCCAGAGCUCCCUCAGCAUUACGCACAUUGGCACCGCCACAGCGAUCUUCAAAAUUGACGAUGUCAACCUUCUAACAGAUCCAUUUUUCUCGCCUGCAGGCACAACAUGGGACGUGGGCAGCGGCAAUUUUCUGAAAAACACCGAAACCCCCGCUCUCGGCCUCGAAAACUUGCCCGUUAUCGAUGCUAUUCUCCUUAGCCACGAAGAUCAUCCUGAUAACUUGGACGAUUUCGGUCGCCAGCUGCUGAAUGGCCGUCUUGUCUUCACCACAGUUGACGGUGCAAAUAACCUUGCCCCUCGUCCGGGUGUUCGUGGCAUGAAGCCAUGGGAAACCGCCUCAACUGUCCUUCGGGGGGUAGAGUACGAUAUCACUGCCACGCCGUGUAAGCAUCUGCCCGGAGGCGAAUGUACCGGUUUCAUUUUGUCCACGGCAGAAUUUGGAGUCGGCCCUGACGGCCGCCCUAAUGCAAUCUAUUUCACCGGAGACACUGUCUAUAUCGACGAACUCGCUAUGAUCCCCGAGAAGUUCCACAUCGUUGCUGCUGUUAUGAACUUGGGUUCUGCCCAUGCCGCCCUCCCCGACGGGCUGGUUCAAAUUACCAUGGAUGGCAAGCAGGCUGCUCACCUUUUCCGCACCAUCAAGGCGGACAAGCUUGUGCCUAUGCAUUACGAGUCUUGGGAUCACUUCACCCAAUUUGGCCAAGAUUUGGUCAAAGUGUUCAAAGAGGAAGGGAUUUUCGAGGACGUUUGCUGGCUCACUCCUGGCAAGUCUGUGAAGAUUAUUUAA